UCCUCCAGUCAGUUCGCCGCCUGCCGUCAGUGCGACCACACCUCCCCGGUCCCGCUCCCCGUGGUCAGCUCCUCUUUCUACCUCCUCCAGUCUCUUCCUUCUCUCACGUAGACUCCUCCAAGAAUCAAGAAGCCCCAGCAGCAAGUUUUCGAAGACGAUUGUUUCUCUCAAGUGUCAUUCUUCCAAAAGGAUUGACAGUAACGUAUUUUACCAUCGUCGCGAAGAAUUCUGUCAGGGAGACCACACACACGUCGUAGAUAAACGAGUCUCAUCUCGAUUGUCUUCGUCUGAGAGAGAUAGAGAUAAACUCCUUCCAGAAUCUUUUAGCUACUGUAAGUGGGCUACAAGUCUCUCCAGGAGUGACAGCAUCGAGAGAUCCUGAACCUUUUGAUAUUGCUUGUUGAAGAGAUCGUCUCAUCAAGGUUACGAGUCUCUCUAAACCUUUGAGAUAGAGCCCUUCUUAAGAUAUCUCAGCCCCUACAUCUCUCCUCCAGGAGUGACAACGUCAAGUCCAAGAGAGAGAGAGAGAGAGAAAGAGUCCUUUUUACAGGAAGAGAUGGAGAUGUUCAGUGAGAUGUUUAACACGGUGGAGGAGCGGGUGGAGCCCUCACCUACCAAGCUCAAAGGGGAGUGGCCAGCUUGGCUUCGUGGUAGUUUCCUACGGGUGGGACCUGGCAAGUUCGACUUCGGAGACUUUACUCUCAACCACUGGAUGGACGGCAUGGCCAUUAUGCACAAGUACCAUAUUGAUGGUGGCCAGGUCACGUUCCGGUCAAAAUACCUACGGUCGGAUGCGUACAAGAAGGCGUGCCUCGCCCAGAGGCCCGUCUUCACCGAGUUCGGCACCCACUGUUACCCAGACCCCUGCAAGAACAUCUUCUCCAGGAUGUUCUCCCACUUC